GCAUAUAUUCAAAAUACAAAACAAAAAAUUUUCCCUCUUCCUCGACGCUGCCUGUGCUGUCUACUUUCCGCCCGCCGCCGACGCUGCUUCUGCCAGCGCUAUAUUCUUUCCGUCCGCUUCCGCCUCCGGUGCCGCCGAUAGUUAUUUUCCGGGGCUGCCGUUGCUGCUCUUUGGGAGGACUCCGAAUGGAAGAAAGAACUAAAGCUUACAAGUAUAAUGAAGUGAGGUCCAAGGGAGGGGAUAAAGUGGGUGUGCCAACAAAGAAUCUUCAGUUGAAAGGUUGCAAAACGAAUACCAUCAAUACCACUGCCUAUGUUCAGAUUUUGGGGACUGGAAUGGAUACUCAUGAUACAUUGCCUUCAGUUUUGCUAUUUUUUGACAAUCAAAGGUUCAUCUUCAAUGUUGGGGAGGGGUUUCAAAGAUACUGUUCAGAGCAUAAGAUUAAACUAUCAAAGAUUGAUCAUAUAUGUCUUUCUCGCGUUUGCUCAGAGACAGUAGGUGGACUUCCAGGUCUACUUUUAACUUUGGCCGGUAUGGGAGAAGGGAUGUCUGUCAAUAUAUGGGGUCCUUCUGAUCUUAAGUUAUUGGUUGAUGCAAUGAAAUCUUUCAUUCCACAUGCUGCCAUGGUUCACACACAUCUCAUAUCACAUGCUGAUAUGGAUCAUACAGGGAGUUUUCCAGUAGCUCCCCAUUCUAACGCUGUCAAAAUAUCAGCAAUUCUCUUACAACCAAGUUGUCAAGAAGGAUAUGAUAGAAAACCAAUUGAUACAUCUGUGAUGUAUGUUUGUGAAUUACCUGAAAUUAUGGGGAAGUUUAAUGCAGAAAAAGCUAAGGCUCUUGGUCUAACAGUUAAGACAAAAUAUAAAGAAUUGACACAGGGGAAAUCUGUGAAGUCGGAUUCCCUUGAUAUUAUGGUCCAUCCUAGUGAUGUAAUAGGCCCUUCUAUUCCUGGUCCAAUUGUGAUAAUCAUAGAUUGUCCAACAAACUCUCAUGCUGAAGAAUUACUUGCUACACAGUCUCUUAGUGCUUAUUAUUCAGAAUUAAUGGGAAGCUCCUCAGAAUGCACCAAAACUGUGAAUUGCAUCAUUCACUUGACUCCUCCUUCUGUUGUAAGAAGUUCUAGUUACGAAAAAUGGAUGAAUUUUUUUAAGUCAGCCCAACAUAUUAUGGCUGGACAUGCAACGAAGAAUAUGGAAAUUCCAAUUCUAAAAUCCAGUACAAUAAUGGCAGCACGACUUAAUUACUUGUGUCCUCAAUUCUUCCCAUUUCCUGCUUUUUGGUCUCUUCAACAGAAAAAUAGUUCUCCAACAGGCUCCAUGGUCUCAAGUGAGUCUCCUAUUUCACCACCUUACAAAAGCACAAUUUCUGAAAACCUAUUGAAGUUCACUCUGCGUCCCCAUAGUCAACUUGGAUUAGACAAAUCCAAUGUUCCAAGUCUGGUUUCUCCCUCAGAAAUCAUUGACGAGUUACUAUUGGAGGUUCCAGAGAUUGUAGAUGCUGUCCAGCAAGUCAGCCAAAUAUGGCACAAGCCUGCAGGAACAGCAGAUGAUUUGACUGCAAUGGAAGAUGGUGCAGUUGUGUUUCAGAAGCCACAUAUGGAUAGGAUCCAUUCCCCUAUUUUUCUGAAAAAUAUACGGAGAGAUGACCUGGAGAUUGUUUUUCUGGGUACUGGUUCAUCACAGCCGUCUAAAUAUCGUAAUGUCACUUCCAUCUACAUUGAUCUUUUCUCCAAAGGUAGCAUGCUUCUAGAUUGUGGGGAGGGAACUCUGGCACAACUCAGAAGAAGAUUUGGCAUGGAGGGUGCUGACAGUGCUGUGAGAAAUCUAAGAUGCAUUUGGAUUUCUCAUAUUCAUGCAGAUCACCAUGCGGGUGUGGCAAGAAUACUUGCUCUGCGACAUGAUUUGUUGAAAGGAGUGCCCCAUGAACAGUUACUGGUUAUAGGGCCAGUGCAGCUAGAACAGUUUCUAGAUGCAUAUCAAAAACUAGAAGAUCUAGACAUGUGUUUCCUUGAUUGUAGGAAGACAAUGGCAGCGUCAUGGGAUGCUUUGGAGUGUGAGAUUGACUCAAAUCUGGAUCAAUUGUUUUCACAAGUUCCCAAAAAAGUUGAAGACGUUAACAAUAAAAUUAUGCAGAGUAUGGGUACAAGUACUUCAUUUGUCGCAGAAACGUGUCUGCACAGUGGCGGUUCCAAGAAAAUAAAGCUUAGUAUUCCAGUUGAAAGUGAGGCUUCUCCACUACUAAAGAAAUUGAAAGUGGUUCUCCGUGAAGCAGGACUGGAUAGACUGAUUAGUUUUCGUGUUGUGCAUUGUCCUGAGGCAUUUGGUGUUGUCCUGAAAUCAGCAGAGAGAAUCAAUAGUGUUGGAGAGGUGUUGCCAGGGUGGAAACUUGUGUACUCAGGCGACACUAGACCUUGUCCAGAAGUGAUUGAAGCGUCUCUUGGAGCUACCAUUCUGAUACAUGAGGCAACGUUUGAGGAUUGUAUGGUGGGGGAGGCUAUAGCAAAAAAUCACAGCACAACUAAGGAAGCAAUAGAAGUGGGAGAUUCUGCUGAUGCAUAUCGUACGAUUCUAACCCACUUUAGCCAAAGAUACCCAAAAAUUCCUGUAUUGGACGAGGUAAGCAUGAAGAAAACAUGCAUUGCAUUUGACCUCAUGUCUAUUAACAUAGCCGAUUUGCCGAUGCUCCCUAGUGUUCUUCCCUAUUUAAAAUUGCUUUUCAGAAAGGAUAUGAUACUUGACAAUUUAGAUGAUGUUUAGAUGUCAUUAUUAUUAUUGAUUUUAAUUUUAGAGUUGAUUACAUAUUAAAUCAUUACCUUACUCUUUUUUAUUUUUAUCACGACCUCUAAAAGUUGUCAUAUUGAACGACCACCUUUCAAUUUUUUUCCAAAUCUAUCACAGUUUUAAAUCCGGUGAAUUUCAAACGACAUUUCGUGAUAAAUUUGAAAAAAUAAUAAAGGUCGUGAUAAAAUUGAAAAGGAGUGUAAAUGUGGUGACUUAAUAUGUAAUUAACCCUUUUACUAUAAUUGUCUGCCACAUCAUUUUCCGUUUGCAUAGUCAACAAAAAUUCGCCGGAUUUUGAACGGUGAUGGAUUUGAAUUUUUUUUGAGAGGUUGGUUUUAUAUUACAAUUUUUAAAGAGCGUGAUUAAAUUGAAAAUAGGUGUAAAGGUAGUGAUUUAUAUGUAAUUACAAUCUCUUCUAGUUACUCUUGUUGCUUCAACAUUUUUGACAUUUUCGGUGAUGACUUUAUACGUAAUUAGCAAUCUUUAUUAAUUACUCUUGUAUUACUUCAACAUUUUUGACAUUUUCACGAUUUGAUUGGCAUUUAUGUGGAUUGGAUUUAGAGAUGUGACACGAGGGAGUUUAUUUUCA